GAGAGGAGGACGUUACUUGAAAAGGAGGGGUGGCUCUCGGACUGCCUUAAAUCUGGCAAACCCGAGGAGAUUUUCUGAGCACCUCGGGAAUGUCUCACACAUCAAAUGACAUCAGCUGCUGAGGAAGUUGGACUUCGUGCUCUCCGGUCAGCAACAAGAGCAGAGAUUGAGCCAUAAACUUUAUUUUGGAAGGUCACGCCAGAGUCAAGGCUCCCAACACACUCAAAACCAAACCAAUAUUCACGGCCAAGAUGCAGCCCACGGAGCAAGAUGAGAAGAAGAAAAAUGGCCACAGCGACAUCCAUGGCCCUGUGGCCGGUGUCUACCUGGAGAAGUCCAAGCAGAAGAUCAGCAUAUAUGAAGCCAUGAAGAAACGUCUGAUUAAACCCGGUACAGCGUUAGCCUUGCUAGAAGCACAGGCUGCCACGGUUGGCAUCAUUGACCCUGUGAAAAUCCAAAUACUUCCAGUCACAGAAGCCGUCAAGGAGGAACUCAUUGGGCCCGAGUUAAGGGAGAAACUCCUCUUUGCAGAGAAGGCUGUCACUGGUUUUGUGGACCCUUAUACCAACCAAACCAUUUCUGUUUUCCAGGCCAUGCAAAAAGACCUAGUGCCCAGAGAUUAUGGUUUAAGACUACUUCAAGCGCAAAUUGCCACGCACGGCGUGUUUGAUCCAGUUGAGAAGACAAAUCUUCCAGUUGAAUUAGCCAUCCAGAAAGGAUACUACAUCAAAGAUCUGCUGGAUGACCAGAUGUCAGAGUUAAAGGUGUUCUAUGAUGCCAGCACCCAAGAGCAUGUUAAUUAUCAAACUCUGGUGGAGAAGUGUAUCAUGGAACCUGAUACAGGCCUGCUUCUUCUCCCCAUCUACAUCACAUUCAAGGGGCUGAGGCGAGGCAUUUCAUCUGCGGAACUCUUUGAGUCCAAGAUCAUUGACAAAGAAAUGUAUGAUAACCUGCAGAAGGGGAAGACCACAACCCAGAAUGUCAUGCUGAAUGAGAAGGUGAAGGAAUACCUUCAGGGCAAGGGGAGCAUUGCGGGCAUUGCAAUACUCUCAACCAAUCAAAGACUGAGUAUCUAUGAAGCUAUGAAGCACAGAAUAUUGAUGCCUGGGACAGCGUUAGUUCUACUAGAGGCGCAAGCCGCAACUGGAUACAUGAUAGAUCCCGUAGAAAACAAAAAGUUUACUGUAGACGAGGCUGUAAAAAACAAGCUUAUUGGCCCGGAAUAUUACGCUAAGUUGCGCUCCGCUGAACGAGCAGUAACCGGAUACAAAGACCCAUACACCGAGGAAACCAUUUCCCUCUUUCAAGCUCUUUCCAAAGAGCUCAUCUUAAAGGAACACGGAAUCCGCCUACUGGAAGCGCAAAUUGCAACAGGCGGAAUCAUUGACCCAAUACACAGCCACAGACUUCCGACGGAAGUGGCUUUCAAAAGAGGCUAUUUUAAUGAAGAAAUGAACGCUAUACUUGAGGAUUCGGGAGACGAUACAAAGGGAUUUUUUGACCCAAACACGGAGGAGAAUCUAACAUAUCUGCAGUUGAUAGAAAGGUGCGUUACCGAUCCUGUUACCGGACUGGUUCUCCUCCCACUUAAAGAAGAGUUUGAUGGGGUGAACUUUACAUUCAUUGACUACCAAACUAAGAUGGCCUUCAGACAGAAGAAGGUGAAUAUGGUAAUGGGAAAGUAUUCAGGAAUGACAGUAUCUCUGUGGGAGCUGUUUAUGUCAGAAUAUUUGGAUAAAGAGCAGAGGAAAGACAUCAUAAGAAAGUACAGCGAAGGAAAGGUCACUAUCGAGAUGAUUGUCAAAACAGUUCUGGAAAUCAUCGAGAUGUCUGUCAAAAACACCAAGGUCAUCUUUGAAGGCAUCAGAGAAACAGUCACAGCAAAACAGCUGGUUGAGGCCGAUAUAAUCAGCGAGGAGGUCCUAGAUGAUCUAAAGAAAGGGAAGAAGUCUGUUAAAGAAGUAAUUGAGGAUCAAAACCUGCAUGUGUAUUUACAGGGUAAAGGCAGUAUUGCAGGUAUUCUUCUCCCUGACUCCCAGAUUUUAACCAUCUACCAAGCAAAACAAAAAGGCAAACUGAUGCCAGGAACAGCUCUGGUUUUACUCGAGGCACAGGCGGCAACAGGAUUCAUCAUUGACCCAAUUGGAAACAGAAAGUUUUCUGUAGAUGAAGCUAUCAAGGCAAAGAUUGUUGGGCCCGAUUUGUGCCAAAAGUUGCGCUCUGCAGAGAAGGCAGUAACAGGUUACAAAGACCCAUAUUACGGAAACACAAUCUCUCUGUUCCAAGCCAUGCAAAAAGACCUCAUCCUGAAGGAUCACGGUAUAAGACUCCUGGAGGCACAAAUUGCAACUGGAGGCAUCAUCGACCCGGUAAACAGCCAUCGCAUUCCUGUCCAAGUGGCCUACAAGCGCGGGUACUUCAAUCUAGAGAUGAAUGAAAUCCUGAGUGAUCCUAGUGAUGACACUAAAGGAUUUUUUGACCCCAACACUCACGAGAACCUCACUUACUUGCAAUUAAUGGCUAGAUGCGUCACGGACCACAGUACAGGACUCUGCCUCCUGCCACUCAAAGGCAAAAGUCACAAAGUCAACAUAGAUGACACCAUGAAGGAACUGUUCAGAACAACAGUUGUUUCGGUGCGGUAUGGCCGUUUCAAGGGUAGGCAUACGACUCUAUGGGAUCUCAUCAAUUCAGAGUAUCUGUCUGAGGAUAAACGACAGGAGUUUUUCAAACUGUUUAAGUCAAGAAGAAUCACAAUUGAGGAAAUCAUUGAGUCAAUCAUAGUCAUCGUUGAGAGCAAGGAGCUAAAACAGCAAGCAGACUUGAGCUUCAAAGGCCUCAGAGGUGAGGUUUCCGUCGUAGAUCUAUUGGAGCUUGAAAUAGUGGAUGAAAAAACCUAUAACGACUUGAUUGAUGGAACGUUAAGGAGAACCGACGUGUUGCAAAUGGAUAACGUGAGGGCCUACUUACAAGGCAAAAGCUGUGUUGCUGGGGUGAUACUACAGCCCUCCAACCAGAAGUUGAGCAUCUAUGAUGCACAAAAAAAUACCAUCCUAACACCUGGCACGGCUCUUUGCCUCUUAGAAGCACAGGCAGCUACAGGAUUUAUUGUCGAUCCACUAGCAAACAAAAAGUACACUGUGGAACAAGCGCUUCGGGAAAAGUUAAUUGGUCCUCAGAUGUAUGAAAAGCUUCUGUCUGCUGAAAGGGCUGUCACUGGUUACACUGAUCCAUAUACUGGCAAAAAAAUCUCUCUUUUCCAAGCCUUGAAAAAGGAUCUAAUUGUGAAGGAGCAUGGCAUUCGUUUACUAGAGGCCCAGAUUGCAACAGGUGGCAUCAUUGAUCCCUUGAAGUGUCUUCACUUACCUAUUGACGUUGCCUACAGGAAAGGAUAUUUUGACGAGGAACUGAAUCAAAUUCUCCUGGACCCAAAUGACGACACAAAAGGUUUUUUUGACCCUACAACCAAAGAGAAUCUGACAUAUAUGGAAAUGUUGGGUAGGUGUAUAAAAGAUAAAGAAACAGGACUGUUCCUCCUACCAAUGAACGUCACACCAAAAGCCACAAAACCACACGUGAGGCUGCACACUGACAGUGAGAUAAAACAAGAGUUUGAAGAGACACUGGUGACCAUAUCAGUCGGACGCUACGCGGGAAAAUCUAUUUCUCUGUGGGAUUUGAUCCACUCCAGCUACUUCACUGAAGACCAGUGGCUGCAGCUGAUUGAACAUUUUCGAACACGAAAGGUCACUACACACACUAUCAUAACUAUAGCCAUUUCUACCAUUGAAAAACUGGAGAAAAGUGAAGCUGCCAAAACGAUAAUGGGCCUGAGAAAGCUAGUCUCGGCUAAACAACUGCUGGAAUCCAGCAUUAUUGAUGGUGACACAUUUAAACAGGUGCAGGAAGGCAAUGCGACUUUGGAACAAGUCACUAAAUGUGCACGAUUGCAACAAUAUCUAAAUGGAAAAAGAAGCAUUGCAGGCGUUAAAGUGUAUCCAUCUCAAACAGUUCUGAGCAUCUAUGGUGCAAAAAAUGAGGAUAUGUUGACAGAUGCCACUGCACUUUUACUGCUUGAAGCACAGGCAUCGACAGGAUGGAUCAUUGAUCCACUCAAUAACAAGUUCUAUACUGUUGACGAGGCAGCAAAAGAGGAAGUCAUUGGGCCAGACGUGUUUGAACAGCUCCUGCUGGCUGAGCGAGCCAUCACUGGCUAUAAAGAUCCCUAUACCGAAACAACAAUAUCACUGUUUGAGGCUAUGAAUAAACAGCUGAUCCAAAAAAGUGAUGCCAUUCGUCUUCUUCAAGCACAAAUAGCAACGGGAGGAAUCAUAGACCCAAAUGUGAGUCACAGGCUACCUGCUAAUGUUGCAAUUAAACGGGGACUUCUGGAUGAACAAUUCAAAACCCUUCUGCUUAACCCUCCUGAAAAUUCAAAGAGAUACUUUGACCCAAACACUAAAGAAAAACUUUCCUACCUAGAGCUAAUGGAGAGAUGUGAAAUGGAUCCUAAAAGGGGGCUUCUACUUCUACCCAUACACAAGGAUAAAUCAAAUGUUUUUCAUACAGAGGAACAAAUACAGCUUGAGUUAAAAAACAAAACUUUUUCCAUUGACGUAGGGAAAUUCAAAGGCAAAGAUGUGACCUUGUGGGAAGUGUUGCUGUCUGAAUACAUAUCUCAGACAAAAAGGGAGCAGCUUAUACAACAAUACAAGACCGGUGCCAUUACAAUUCAAGAGAUCAUUGAAAUACUCACAGUCAUCAUUACAGAGGUGUCGUCAAAAGAAAGAAAGUUCAAGGGACUGAGGAAGCAGGUCUCAGCAAGUCAGCUGUUUGAGUCAAAGAUUAUCUCAAAAGAGCUUUUCACACAAAUUAUACAAGGGGAAGUGACUGUAGACAAUGUAAACAAAAUGGAAUCUGUACAGAAGUAUCUUGGGGCGACAAACUGCAUUGCAGGUGUCAGAGUUGAGUCUACAAAGAAGGUCAUGAGCAUCUAUGAUGCAAAGUCCAGAGGGCUGCUGACUCCUGGAACAUCGCUUGUUCUCCUCGAGGCCCAAGCUGCCACUGGCUUUGUUAUUGACCCAGUCAACAACAAGAAACUUUCAGUCGAAGAAGCUGUAGCUCAGGAAGUGGUCGGCAGCGAGUUGAAGAAGAAGCUGCUCUCAGCAGAACGAGCUGUCACAGGAUACAUAGAUCCCUACACUGGUGAGACAAUUUCCUUAUUCCAGGCCUUGAUUAAAGAUCUCAUUGUUAAAGAUCAUGGAAUUCGUCUUCUUGAAGCUCAAAUUGCCACAGGAGGCAUAAUUGAUCCAGUAUACAGUCACAGAGUGCCUGUGCAGGUGGCUUACCAAAGGGGUUACUUUGAUGAGGAAAUGAACCAGAUACUUUCUGACCCAGAUGAUGACACCAAGGGCUUUUUUGAUCCGAAUACACAUGAAAACCUCACCUAUCUUCAACUGAUAGAAAGGUGUGUGGUUGACCCAAACACAGGCCUUACUUUACUAUCAAUUGUGAAGAAAGGAGAGUUCUACUUCUAUGUUGACGAGACCACAAAAAUCAUCCUGAAAUCAAAAACGACGACCAGAGCAGGUGGCAAAUAUCACGGAACUACAGUGUCCUUGUGGGAUCUUCUCUAUUCUAGGUACAUCUCUGAAGAAAAGAGACGAGAGCUCGUGCAACAGUACAAGUCCGGAGCUCUCACAAUUGAACACUUUUUGGAGAUCGUUCUGAUGAUUAUUGAGCAGCAGUGUAACAGCACGAAUUCAACAACAGUAACCACAUGUCAAACGCCAGAAACAAAUGUUGACAGCAGCACCACAAAGACCACCACCACCGUCACAGAGAGCGAAAGCUUUCAUGGUAUUAGGAAGGACGUCAGUGCUACAGAGUUGCUUGAAUCCAAAAUCAUCAAUGAAGACCUCUACAAAGAUCUCAGUGCAGGAACAAUCACUGUUAAGGAAGUGAGUGAAAUGGACUCAGUCCGCAGAUAUCUAGAAGGGACGAACUGUAUUGCUGGAGUGUAUCUGCAGUCAACCAAGGAGACCCUGAGCAUCUACGAAGCAAAGUCCAGAGGCCUGUUGACUCCUGGCACAUCUCUAGUUCUCCUUGAGGCCCAAGCUGCCACUGGCUUUGUUAUCGACCCAGUCAACAACAGGAAACUUUCAGUAGAGGAAGCUGUUGCUCAGAGAGUGGUCGGCAGCGAGUGGCACAAAAAGCUGCUCUCAGCAGAACGAGCAGUCACCGGAUACAGAGACCCUUAUACUGAGAAAACAAUAUCUCUAUUCCAGGCCCUGAACAAAGACCUGAUCGUCAAAGAUCAUGGAAUUCGUCUUCUAGAAGCUCAAAUUGCUACAGGAGGCAUAAUCGACCCGGUAUACAGUCACAGAGUUCCUGUGCAAGUGGCUUACGAAAGAGGCUACUUUGAUGAGGAAAUGAAUCAGAUUCUAUCUGACCCAGAUGAUGACACCAAGGGCUUUUUUGAUCCGAACACACAAGAGAAUCUCACUUACCUCCAGCUGGUCGAGAGGUGCGUCACAGAUCCCAUCACUGGACUAAGUUUAUUAGUGAUUGUGAAAAAAGGAGAGUUCUACUUCUUUGUUGACGAGGCCACAAAAAUCAUCCUGAAAUCAAAGACAACAAACAGAGCUGGUGGCAAGUACCACGGAACUACAGUGUCCUUGUGGGAUCUUCUCUAUUCUAAGUACAUCUCUGAAGAGAAGAGGCGGGAGCUCGUGCAACAAUAUAAGUCUGGAGCUCUCACAAUUGAACGCUUUUUGGAAAUCAUUUUGUUGAUUAUUCAGCAGCAGUGCAACAGCACGAAUUCAACAACAGUCAUCACAUGUCAAACGCCAGAAACAAAUGUUGACAGCAGCACCACAAAGACCACCAUCACCACCACCACCACCGUCACAGAGACCGAAAGCUUUCAUGGUAUUAGGAAGGACGUCAGUGCUACAGAGUUGCUUGAAUCCAAAAUCAUAAAUGAAGACCUCUACAAAGAUCUCAGUGCAGGAACAAUCACUGUGAAGGAAGUGAGUGAAAUGGACUCAGUCCGCAGAUAUCUAGAAGGGACGAACUGUAUUGCUGGAGUGUAUCUGCAGUCAACCAAGGAGACCCUGAGCAUCUACGAAGCAAAGUCCAGAGGCCUGUUGACUCCUGGCACAUCUCUAGUUCUACUUGAGGCCCAAGCUGCCACUGGCUUUGUUAUCGACCCAGUCAACAACAGGAAACUUUCAGUAGAAGAAGCUGUUGCUCAGAGAGUGGUCGGCAGCGAGUGGCACAAAAAGCUGCUCUCAGCAGAACGAGCAGUCACCGGAUACAGAGACCCUUAUACUGAGAAAACAAUAUCCCUAUUCCAGGCCCUGAACAAAGACCUGAUCGUCAAAGAUCAUGGAAUUCGUCUUCUAGAGGCUCAAAUUGCAACAGGAGGCAUAAUCGACCCGGUAUACAGUCACAGAGUUCCUGUGCAAGUGGCUUACGAAAGAGGCUACUUUGAUGAGGAAAUGAAUCAGAUUCUGUCUGACCCAGAUGAUGAUACCAAGGGCUUUUUUGAUCCGAACACACAAGAGAAUCUCACUUACCUCCAGUUGGUCGAGAGGUGCAUCACAGAUCCCAUCACUGGACUAAGUUUAUUAGUGAUUGUGAAAAAAGGAGAGUUCUACUUCUUUGUUGACGAGGCCACAAAAAUCAUCCUGAAAUCAAAGACGACAAACAGAGCAGGUGGCAAGUACCACGGAACUACAGUGUCCUUGUGGGAUCUUCUCUAUUCUAAGUACAUCUCUGAAGAGAAGAGGCGGGAGCUUGUGCAACAGUACAAGUCCGGAGCUCUCACAAUUGAACGCUUUUUGGAGAUCAUUCUGAUGAUUAUUCAGGAGCAGUGCAACAGCACGAAUUCAACAACAGUCAUCACAAGUCAAACGCCAGAAACAAAUGUUGACAGCAGCACCACAAAGACCACCACCACCACCGUCACAGAGACCGAAAACUUUCAUGGUAUUAGGAAGGACGUCAGUGCUACAGAGUUGCUUGAAUCCAAAAUCAUCAAUGAAGACCUCUACAAAGAUCUCAGUGCAGGAACAAUCACUGUGAAGGAAGUGAGUGAAAUGGACUCAGUCCGCAGAUAUCUAGAAGGGACGAACUGUAUUGCUGGAGUGUAUCUGCAGUCAACCAAGGAGACCCUGAGCAUCUACGAAGCAAAGUCCAGAGGCCUGUUGACUCCUGGCACAUCUCUAGUUCUCCUUGAGGCCCAAGCUGCCACUGGCUUUGUUAUCGACCCAGUCAACAACAGGAAACUUUCAGUAGAAGAAGCUGUUGCUCAGAGAGUGGUUGGCAGCGAGUGGCACAAAAAGCUGCUCUCAGCAGAAAGAGCAGUCACCGGAUACAGAGACCCUUAUACUGAGAAAACAAUAUCCCUAUUCCAGGCCCUGAACAAAGACCUGAUCGUCAAAGAUCAUGGAAUUCGUCUUCUAGAAGCUCAAAUUGCAACAGGAGGCAUAAUCGACCCGGUAUACAGUCACAGAGUUCCUGUGCAAGUGGCUUACGAAAGAGGCUACUUUGAUGAGGAAAUGAAUCAGAUUCUGUCUGACCCAGAUGAUGAUACCAAGGGCUUUUUUGAUCCGAACACACAAGAGAAUCUCACUUACCUCCAGUUGGUUGAGAGGUGCAUCACAGAUCCCAUCACUGGACUAAGUUUAUUAGUGAUUGUGAAAAAAGGAGAGUUCUACUUCUUUGUUGACGAGGCCACAAAAAUCAUCCUGAAAUCAAAGACGACAAACAGAGCAGGUGGCAAGUACCACGGAACUACAGUGUCCUUGUGGGAUCUUCUCUAUUCUAAGUACAUCUCUGAAGAGAAGAGGCGGGAGCUCGUGCAACAGUACAAGUCCGGAACUCUCACAAUUGAACGCUUUUUGGAGAUCAUUCUGAUGAUUAUUCAGGAGCAGUGCAACAGCACGAAUUCAACAACAGUCAUCAUAAGUCAAACGCCAGAAACAAAUGUUGACAGCAGCACCACAAAGAUCACCAUCACCACCACCACCGUCACAGAGACCGAAAGCUUUCAUGGUAUUAGGAAGGACGUCAGUGCUACAGAGUUGCUUGAAUCCAAAAUCAUCAAUGAAGACCUCUACAAAGAUCUCAGUGCAGGAACAAUCACUGUGAAGGAAGUGAGUGAAAUGGACUCAGUCCGCAGAUAUCUAGAAGGGACGAACUGUAUUGCUGGAGUGUAUCUGCAGUCAACCAAGGAGACCCUGAGCAUCUACGAAGCAAAGUCCAGAGGCCUGUUGACUCCUGGCACAUCUCUAGUUCUCCUUGAGGCCCAAGCUGCCACUGGCUUUGUUAUCGACCCAGUCAACAACAGGAAACUUUCAGUAGAAGAAGCUGUUGCUCAGAGAGUGGUUGGCAGCGAGUGGCACAAAAAGCUGCUCUCAGCAGAACGAGCAGUCACCGGAUACAGAGACCCUUAUACUGAGAAAACAAUAUCCCUAUUCCAGGCCCUGAACAAAGACCUGAUCGUCAAAGAUCAUGGAAUUCGUCUUCUAGAAGCUCAAAUUGCAACUGGAGGCAUAAUCGACCCGAUAUACAGUCACAGAGUUCCUGUGCAAGUGGCUUACGAAAGAGGCUACUUUGAUGAGGAAUUGAAUCAGAUUCUGUCCGAUUCAGAUGAUGACACUAAGGGAUUUUUUGAUCCCAACACACAGGAGAACCUUACCUAUCUUCAGCUGCUGGAGAAGUGUGUGACAGAUCCCAUCACUGGACUAAGUUUACUCCCUUUGAUCAAAUACUGAAGACAUCUCACAUUAUUAUGCUUGUAUAUAAUUUGUACUAUGUUCUGCACCUUUUUUUUCCUGAAGUCAAGAAUCUGUUUUUAGUUUUUAAUGUUUCAUAAGCCUGGAAAUUUUUGAGCUAUGCCUACUUAUAUAAAAGCAUUUUGAAUCAUGUUUAGUUUUGCCUCAAGUUGAAAGAACCCUUUUCAUUAAUUUUAUUCAUGUAAUUUAACAUGGCCUAAUAAACAUAAUUGAAUACUAAUACC